GUUGGCUAGGUCAUGUUGUGCACCUUGAGUGAGACAUUAGACAACCUAGCUGCCUAGUUGGGUGCUGGAAUGAUGGAUUGAUUGGUUACCAAGCGGCUACUAACCAGCAUGCGGCCCUAUGCCCGCUUUAAGCUGAUCACUCUACGUACCGCACACUUUCCUACUUACACCCCAAAUCCGUGUAGUUGUUGGCAUACGUUUGUUUGCACCCAAGACACAUUUCUAUAUAAAUUACGAUUGUCUACAGUCUCGCACCUUCGCCAUGGCUGCCCUUGAACCAAAAAACUCUAACGUUGAGCUACUUUCCUGUCUCGUCAACGAGGAAGACACGGGUGAUAGCAAUUACCGGUUCCUGGUCGACAGGCAAACGGUCAAAUAUGUAAACACGGCGCCAGGGGUGUUUUGCGGAGCGGAGGACGACCGUACUUUUGGACCAAUUCUACUUAGCAAGCUCCUUCCCCCAUUCCCCGCAGGGAAUUGGAACAAAGGCCAUGUGGCCAAAGACGCCCAGACAAAACAGACUGUCUUUGUCAGGACGGAGACGGUGCAGCUCUCCGGAGUAGAGAGCCUCUGGCAUCCUACAAAGCUAGACGCGCUGGAAUUUAGGCAACAAGAGCGGCUGAGGCAGCGAGUCCACGUCUCGACGCACCCGGAACUCGGCGGCGACGGCGCGCCCGUGCUAGUCAAACUUGCCAUCUGGCCCUGGGAGAUCCCCUUUAUGGAGACUGAGACAGCUAUUUAUCGACAAAUCGACAGUAAAGGCAUUGGCCCCAGGUUCCUUGGCCAUCUAACCGAGGGCAGAGACGGGCGCGUCAUCGGCUUUGCUGUUGAGUGGGUGAAGGAUGCGAGGGCCGCGGGACCAGAGGAUCUCGGCCGCUGUAGGGAAGUGUUGCGCCGACUCCACGAGCUCGGGAUCAAGUCUGGGGACACCAACAAGUACAACUUUCUCGUCCGCUACGGGCACGACGAUGUCGUCUUGGUGGACUUUGAGAUGGCGAAACAGAACUGCUCGCCUCAGGAGCUGGAAGAGGAGAUGGGCACCCUCGAGAGCAGUCUGGCAGACGUGAGUUUCCGAGGCGGCGUAAAGCCAAUUCAUGGGUGAAAUAGGGGCAGCAUCAACCGGGAUUUGAUGGGUCGUGAUCACAUAUGUAUUAUACUGGUUGCUUGACGUAUUAUUGCCGUCUGUUGUUGUGCCGGCCCACACCGUGCCCCUUUCGUAUUUAGUCUGUU